GUUCUGUUUCAUUGUGAGGUUUUUAAAACUUAUGGGUCACUCAACUGAAGUCUCUCUUUGCUGCUAUGGCAGUGGGGUCAAAGAAAGAAAGGGAUAGCGAAGCCAUAGCCAUAGCCAUAGCAAUUAGCAUGGUUGAUAAUUGUAAAGAGAUCCACACUCACACCCUCACAAGAUAUUGUCAACAUCACAGUCGUAAUCCAGAAGACAUGAAUCCAAAGAGGGUAUAAUAAAAGAUGGCAAAUCUUCAACCAGCUGAGUCGGUUGAGUAAAGGCCUCAUUUCCUCUUCUGCUUCAUUCAUAUUUCUUCUUAUUCCCUUGGAGUUGGGACGCCUUAACUGGCUUGGCUCUCAGGAUGCAGCUACAGGUACAGGUUGACACUACAACCUUGAGUUAUUGGUUGAACUGGAGAGUCCUUCUAUGCUCAAUUUGGGUGUUCACACCUAUGGUUUUAGCUUUAUAUAUUAUAUGGAAAUAUGAAGACCCCCACCAUUCAAAAUCUGGAGCAGGAGAAGUUGAGCAAAGUGUAGAUCACUCUUUGUGUGACAAUGAAGCUUGGAGACCAAGCCUUAAACAAAUUCACCCCCUUUGGUUACUGGGUUUUCGACUUCUUGCAUUCUUCUCACUUUUGACAACCUUAAUUUUCAAAAUUGUUAUCAGUGGAGCUACCACAUUUCUCUAUUAUACCCAAUUGACUUUUACCUUACUGACCGUUUAUUUUGGGUAUGGAGCCCUGCUAUCAAUUUAUGGUUGUUACCAGUAUAGACUAAGGAACUUGAGGUCAAAUGUUUACCAUGUUGAUACAAAUACCGGGCAAGGAUCAUACAUGCCCCUCAUCAGUAAAGAUACAGAGAGGAACAUCUCAAAUCCAAAAGGAGAUGACUGUUAUGAGUUCCAACUGCCAAGGAUUUUUACUUAUGUUUUUGAGAUUUUAUUCCAGAUGAAUGCUGGAGCAGUGAUGCUUACUGAUUCUGUCUUUUGGUUUAUUAUAGUCCCAUUUCUUACUAUCAAAGAUUACAACCUAAGUUUUAUGAAUGUGAACUUGCAUUCAUUCAAUGCCAUUUUACUCCUUGGCGAUACAGCUUUGAAUUGCUUGCAAGUUCCCGCCUUUCGUAUUACUUUCUUCAUUUUGUGGACUGGUGCUUUCGUCAUUUUCCAGUGGAUCAUUCAUGCAUGUGUAUCAUUUUGGUGGCCCUAUCCAUUCCUUGACUUGUCAUCUCCAUAUGCUCCAGUGUGGUACUUGCUGGUUGCAGUAAUGCACAUACCCUGCUAUGGCUCAUUUGUCUUGAUUGUGAAAAUGAAACGUUACUUGUUGACCAAAUGGUUCCCAUUGUCUUGUCAGUGUUGAAGAUAAGAAACUAUUUGAGGGUUUUGACACACACACAUUCCUAAAGCUUCUUUCUUUUCAAAAUUUUUCAACCAGCAAUGGAAUUUAUCAGCUAAAGGCUCUGCAUUCGUGGCUUCUUACAACAGGAUUCUGAUUUUGAAGGGCAAAAGUGGUCGUGCCCCCAACGACAAAACGACAUCUUUUUUGUCGAAGUAAAUAAUUAUUUUUUAAGGUUGAUACAGUUGACUAUCCUGUUUUGUAGAUUCAACUGAUUGCUCAGGCUUUAUUAUAUUGCCAUAUGUAAUUUUUCAGCUUCUGCUCAAAAGAGGGAACUGAAAAAUUCUGGAUAGAUAUAAUAAGAUUUACUUCCUCAAAGUGUUUGUUUGUUGUCACUUCAGCAAAAAAGAACAAAAUGGUUAUUUAUUUAUGUAUUGCACCCAAAAGUGCUUCAUUUUUUAGUGUUUGGAAACCUGUAAAAUCACAUUGGAGUCUUUUUGAUUGUGACAGCUAUUUGCACAGCUAAGAAGUGAUGAAUGGCAGCCUGAGUUAUUAUUGAUUGAA